AUGUCGUCAACGCCCUCCCGCCGCAGUUUAACCAUCCAUAACAUCAACCCCCAUGUGAGGGCGGCAAAGUAUGCCGUCCGAGGUGAACUUGCAAUCAAGUCGGAAGAAUACCGCUCAAAGUUGAAGCGAGGCGAUCCUCCUACACCUCCAGAGAACCCUCUUCCCUUUGACACUGUCAUCUCGGCCAACAUUGGCAACCCGCAGCAACUCGACCAGAAACCUAUCACAUUUUUCCGGCAAGUCCUUGCUCUGCUGGAGCAUCCAGCAUUGCUGAACAAUGAGGAAGUUCUGAAGUCGACUUUUGGCUACAAACAAGAUGCCAUAGAUCGUGCUCGAUGGCUGCUGAAGGAAAUCCAGUCGGUGGGAGCAUAUUCGCAGUCUGCGGGCGCUCCUGGCAUUCGCCAGUCCGUGGCCAACUUUAUUGCGCGCAGAGAUGGCUUCCCCUCGAACAAGGACGAUAUCUACCUGUCCGCUGGUGCCUCGUCAGGAGUCAACACUCUCCUCCACAUCAUCUGCAGCAAACCUGAGACGGGCGUGCUCGUCCCUAUCCCACAAUAUCCCCUCUAUACCGCGACUUUGACUAUUCUCAAUGCUCGUUGUGUGCCUUACUAUCUGGACGAGUCUCAGGCUUGGAGCACGGAGCUUUCCAUAAUCAAGCACGCAUAUGACGAGGCAAUCAGGCUAGGCACUGAUGUGCGUGCCAUCGUUGUCAUCAACCCUGGAAACCCAACGGGUGCCUCGUUGUCUGAAAAAGAUGUCGAGGACACGAUCAAGUUUGCUGCAGAGAAGAAUCUUGUCAUCAUGGCCGAUGAGGUCUACCAAACCAACGUCUUCGUCGGUCAAUUCCAUUCCUUCAAGGGUGCCUUGCGGAGGAUGCAGCAAAGGGAACCAGGCCGGUACGACGCCGUCGAACUUGCAUCCCUGAACUCGGUUUCCAAAGGUAUGGUGGGCGAAUGUGGGCACCGUGCUGGUUACUUUGAGCUUGUGGGCUUUGACCAACAGGUACAGGCCGAGAUCUACAAGUUCAUCAGUAUCAUGCUGUGCCCUCCCGUCAUUGGUCAAUGCUUACUGGAUCUCGUGGUCGACCCUCCGAAGCCUGGUGACCCCAGCUUCGAGCUUUACGAUGAGGAAUACAACAGUGUCCGGAACGGGCUGAAAGAGCGCGCCUGGGCACUCUACCAAGCGUUCAAGGAAAUGGAGGGUGUCGAAGUGGGAGAGCCACAGGGCUCCAUGUAUCUUUUCCCCACCAUUGCCGUUUCGGACAAAGCGGUUCAGGCUGCAAAAGAGGCAGAUCGUACCCCAGACGAAUUCUAUUGCCUCUGUCUCCUCGACGCCACGGGCAUCUGUGUUGUCCCAGGUUCCGGUUUCGGGCAGAAACCUGGCACACUACAUCUUCGAACAACCUUCCUCGCUCCUGGAACGGAUUGGGUUGGCCGAUGGACCAAAUUCCACAAAGAAUUCAUGGACAAAUACAGAUAG